AUGCGCCUCCCAUUCUCCUCCUCGGCCCUCUGGGCCACAAGGCUCCUCGUGCUCGUCACCACCGCCGGCUCCCUCGCCCGCGCGGCGGAGUACUGCAACAACUGCACCAACGAGUCCCCCGAGCCGAUCCUCGCCGCGCCCGCGCCGUGGAUCCUGACCGGCCGGGCCUACGCGAUCCCCAUCGUCCCGUUGUCCCUCGACCUGCCGGACAAGACGUUCCACCCGCUCGAGCGGACCGUGGGCAACUACACGGCCGGCACGUUCAGGGGCAUCCUGGGCACGAUCCUGCUGGUGCGGUACGACGACAGCCCCGUGGGCCCCUACGACGAGUUCAUCGUCAUCCCGGGCACGUUCAGCUAUGACAAGGAGGGCGUGGAGCAGCUCCGCCUGAGGAUCGGGAGGAUCUAUGUCAGUCAGAAGUACACGACGUGGAAUGGACGGAGCAACUGGAACAUCCCCAAGCAUCUAGCCCGCUUCGACUGGACCUCGCACCCCGGCGGCGGCGAGUCGGUCAAGAUCUACCCCUACGACACCUCGGGCUCGCUCUCCUCGGCCAUCGCGCAGGAGACCGGCCCCAGCGCCAAGCCCUUCUUCAGCAUGACCUUUGCGCCCACCAUCCCCGUCCAGAUCCCCUUCACGACCGACGUCUUUGGCUGGCUCGGCAUGGAGGCCACCACGCUGGGCCACCCGCCCAUCCCCGAGGGGAACGGGGUAUACGACGAGCUCCCCGGCACGGACUUCUGGGCGCACACCGUGUUCGGGCUUAAAGGCUCCAAGGCGAGCCUGGGCCUCAUGGAUCUUAGGCAGGCCGAGACGGACGAGGUGGUAUCUGGCAGAAAUGCGGUCGGCGACGAGGUCUUUCCGAAUUUCUGGCCGGGGAUGCCGAGGUGGAAUGUGGCGCUCAAGUUGACGGAUGCUAUGAUCUCGUUUAGUGACCCGGAGACUUGGGUUGUGUGA